AGCAGCAUCAGCAUCAAGAUUAGGACCAGGAUCAGGAUCAGGAUCAGGAUGGCCUCCAACACUGCCAUUAUGGGGAACCUCCCCAGCGGGAUCUUAAUAUGUACGACCAUCCCCGACAUCCUCUACCUGCCCGAACUGAUCUUCGGAGGUCUGGUCUGGAUCCUGGUGGCGUGCACGCUGGUGGUGCCGCACAACCCUCAGGGCUGGGUCAUGUUCGUCUCUGUCUUCUGCUUCAUCAUGACUUUCAUCUGGCUGGUGGUGUUCGCCAUGGGAGGGCAUCACAACAAAGGCCGCUGGGCUGCAGCAGACGUUGCCUAUCACGGCAUCGCGGCCUUCUUCUACCUCAGUGCUUCAGUGGCUUUGGCCAAAGUGACUCUGGAGAUGGACGACGGGACCAACUCUCGAAACUACAAGCUGGACGUCUCUGCAGUGGUCUUCUCGUACGUGGCGACGCUUCUCUACUUCAUCCACACCAUCCUGUCUGCCAUGCGAUGGAAAUCUUUCUAGAGGUCUCUGAACCUGCACACAACUGAUCUCUAUCCUUAAACUUGUGCAUAAAGUUGCGGCACGCUGACAUGAAGGGGGGGCUGACGGUGAUGGAGACUCGAUGCUGAGGUUUUUUCCUUUUCCCUCUGCUGGGAGAGAAAGCAAUGAAGCAACAUCUGGAUCACCACAGCGUCUCUCAGUGUCCGGCUGUCUGAAGCAGGAGGGGUUUCAGGGAUUCAAAGUGAUGAAGUUUAGGAGUCACAGCCGACCAGCCGACACCCCAGAUCCACAGAAACUCACUUGUUCCAGAUGUUGCACGACCUACUAGCAGGGUCAACUAGCCUCAAAAAUGAUGAACAAGAUAAAUCAACAGAGACGAACAAAUUUAAAAAUGGUAAUCUUCAUCAAACUGUUUUUUACUCCUGAGAUGUUUCUGAGGGUUCUUAUUAUUUUGUCCACUCUCACAUGUUGUAUCAUGCACACUAUCUCUGCCUACUUAGAGGAUCUAUGAUGUCAGCUUUGUUAUGUUUUUUCCUUUAGUGCAAUCAAGUAGUUUGAUAUUCUUGUUUCUCUCUCAUCUGAUUAAAGAACAAUUCUGAUGUAGCGGAUUUUAUAUUUUUAUAAGUUUCUUAACAAGAACAUUUAAUUAAAUGUGAAUCAGAACAAGGAUGUAAAUUCAGAUUUUUUUUUUUUUGGUAUAAAAGCCUUUAUAACUGACUGCUUCAAUUUUGUAAACAUUUUGAGUCAUUAAGUCAUUGACAAUGAAGAAAUGUGUUUGUUUGGAAACAUUUGAAACUUACGUGUUUUUUUGUCACUUUAUUC